AUGGUCUCCUCAACAAUCCUCCUAGCCGCUUUGUCGGGCUAUGUAUCCGCAGAACUCAGCAUCCGCGGCGCAGAUAUCUCUUCCUUGCUUGUGGAAGAAGAUGCAGGCAUUUCAUACAAGAAUCUAGACGGGACCACACAGGCCCUGGAGGUUAUUCUAGCUGGUGCGGGUAUCAACUCUGUGCGCCAGCGGGUGUGGGUGAACCCCAGUGACGGGUCGUACGAUCUCGACUAUAAUAUCGAGCUGGCAAAGAGGGUGCAAGCGCAGGGGAUGACGACGUAUUUGGAUUUGCAUUUGAGUGAUACGUGGGCGGACCCGAGUGAUCAGACAACGCCCUCCGGUUGGUCUACUACGGACAUCGACACCCUUACCUGGCAACUCUACAACUACACCUUGGAAGUAUGCAACACCUUCGCGGAGAACGAUCUCACCGUGGCGAUUGUGUCCAUCGGCAACGAGAUCCGCAACGGCCUUCUCUGGCCACUGGGUGAGACAAGUAGCUAUUCCAAUAUCGCGAGUCUGCUCCACUCCGGCGCAUGGGGCGUCAAGGACUCCAACCUGGCCACAACGCCCAAGAUCAUGAUCCACCUCGACAACGGAUGGGACUGGUCCGAGCAGGAAUAUUUCUAUAACGAGGUGUUAGAUAGCGGGUCCGACUUCGUCUCUUCGGACUUUGACUACAUCGGCGUAUCAUACUACCCGUUCUAUUCGAGCUCAGCAACACUCGCAUUGCUGAGCACGAGUCUGAGUAACCUGCACUCAACCUAUGGGAAGGAUGUACUUGUCGUGGAGACAAAUUGGCCAUACUCCUGUCCGGACCCGGAGUAUGCGUUCCCGUCCGGCUUGACGAGCAUCCCGUUCUCUGUCGCUGGGCAGCAGACAUUCCUGGAUGAUUUGGCGAGCGUUGUAGAGGGCGUUUCGGGGGGAUUGGGCAUUUAUUAUUGGGAGCCUGCUUGGGUGAAUAAUGCUGGGUUGGGGAGUAGUUGUGCGGAUAAUUUGUUGUUUAGUUAUACGAAUGACGAAGAAAGGGCGAGUCUGAGUACACUGGGAGAGAUAUAA